AAGCUGCUCAGCGCGCCUUGUUUGGCGCCAGCGUUUUCGCGGGAUUGCAGAGGAAACAGCGAGACUGUAUCUUCCCCGUUACUGACAGCCACUCAUCAUUUUUCGGUUUAGAAAUAACCCUCGCUUGUUUUAUUGGUGUAAGCUUUUCGUCUAUGCUAACGCCGCUUUUUGAUGGUUGUGUUACAUUAGUAUCGGUGAGGACCUGAGGAUGAUGGCCACAGUCCCAAUGUCCAGCUCCAGCCUUCUCCAUCUCCUCAGGACUCUAGAGGACAAAUCUGCCGGUGUGUCUGAACAGACGGAUGCCUACCUUACCAUCGCCAAUCGGCUCAGUGGAGAAGAUGGGCGGCAGUUCUUUCCUUUAAUCAUUAAGCACUUUUCACUCCUGGGCAAAGCCUUUCAGAGACACAUAUCCAGUCAGAAUGAGGAGUUAAGCCAGGCCGCGCUUCAAGCUCUGGGCUUCUGCGUCUUCAACUCGAACAUUGUUUUUGGUAUUCCAUGUACUUUUGCAGAGGAGAUCUUGUUGGCCCUUUGCGGUCUGGUGUUAAAGUCAACAGACAAGAACACAUGCACUCGAGCAUUAUGGGUCAUUUCAAAACAAAAUUUCUCUGCAGAUGUUGUUGCCAAGAAGACACCAGAUAUACUGAAGACUCUAGAAGCUCUUCAGACAAAAGACAUCCAGUCAGUCUUGACUGAACAUGAGUCGCUCAAUGUUGUUAUAAAGCUGCUAGAGCAAGCUCCUGUUCAGAUGACUGAAGGAGCAGUUUUGUGGAUUAAGCUGGUCAUACCUCUGGUAGUUCACUCCGCCUCAAAGGUGCGCUUGCGUGCGGCUGCAGCGCUGGAGAUGGGUAUGCCUCUUCUUCUGGAGAAACAGCAGGAGGUGGCUGCCAUUGUAGAGCCUAUGAUGUCUUCUAAACUUAUCCCUGAGAUGCAGAAACUAUUCUCCAGUAAGAAUGAGAGCAAUGUGCUGAAGCUCUGGCCUUUAUUUGUAAAGCUUUUGGGCAAGUUGCUCCACAAAGGAGGUGCCUUCAUAAACUCGCUGCUCUAUUUAGAAGAGCUGGGCUUCCGUAGCUCCUCUCCCAGCAUUAAGAAAAUUGCCUUCCUUGCCUGGAAGAGCCUCAUCGACAAUUUUGCUCUUAAUCCAGAUAUUCUUUGUAGUAGCAAGCGACUAAAACUACUCAUGCAGCCCCUUAGCUCCAUCCUUGUUAGGACUGAAGCCUUGCUGCUCACCAAAAUAGAAGUCUGGUGGUAUCUUGUGGUCAAACUAGGCCCCAACCUGUCAGCUAACUUUGAACAGGUUGGUGUACCACUGCUGCUUAGUACACUUCCUCCAGAUGCCUCAUUGGGGUCUUCAGCCACUCCUGCUAGAAGCAUAAGCCAGAGCAAUGGCAUUGGACUAGUUACUCCUAAACAAGGCGUUCCUUCAUGUAGCAGUCCAGGUUCUAGCUCUCGCCUGAGCAUUAGCAGUGCGAACGUUCCACAGUCCUUUCCCUCCAUCCAACUGCUCGGGCUGGAGAUGCUACUACACUACUUUUUAGGAUCACAGGCUAGUGCUGCUGCAGCCAAGGGCAGUCUUCAACUCAAUCUUGAGCCUUUGACACACAACCUUCUCAGCAGCCAGUCUUUCUUCAGCAAGCACUCCUCUACACUCAUUGCAGCUGUUAGAGAUUGCUUCAUCUCUGUGGGCAAAGAGGCUCCAGAAGCAUUGCUGAAUCUAAUAUGGACCAGCCUUAUUGGCCAUGUCAGUACAACAAUAGAGGCUGCUGAUAAUAAGAAGGAGAGACAGGGUUCUGAAGUACUUACUCUCCUGCUGCAGGCCCUACAGUCUAUUGUGUCCUCUGAAGCCCUGCCAGCUCCACGGGCUCUGGCCUUGCUAGAAGCUACUGUGAAAGCUAUUCCUCAGAAGGUGCUGGGGUCUGCAGCAUAUCAAGUGGCUGACAUGGAUGUCUUGAAUGGUACUCCAGCUCUUUUUUUGAUUCUUCUCUUUUACAAGAGCAGUAUGUUCUCAUCAUUUGUGACUGAUGAAAGGUUCUUUGUGUGUCUGGAGACCCUUAUCAGUUGCGGUCUCUGUGGGCCCACUUCUCCACUGGCCUUUGGAGAGUCAGUUUUGGGGACAAUCAGUGACCGCGCAGAGGCCGUGGAAAACACAGAGCAUCUGUGGAGAAUGUGGACCCUUGUUGUAAACCCUUUAACUGAUACCAUUACACAGACAAAUGAGGUGAAUCAAGGGGAUGCCCUGGAGCAUAACUUUAGUGCAAUUCAUACAGCCUUGAUGUUUCCGAUUACCCGCCUUUUGUCUGGCUCAGGUCUUCCACAAAUGACUCAGAAGACUAUGCUGAGCACUUGGUCUCGACUGUACAAGGCUUUUGCUCGCUGCUCAGCUCUUGUGGCCACAGCAGAAGAGAAUGUGUGCUGUGAAGAGUUGUGUGCCAGAAUAUCUACUGCACUUGAUGGUGAAGCACUGAAGAGUUUGUCCACUCUUGAUGCAGUAGCAAAUAUCUUGCUGUCCAUUAUUGAAAGUGUGGACUUCUCUCCAUUUACCCCUCAAUUUCAACAGAAGAUGAAAUCCCCUCACACACCACUUGGUUGGGUUCGAAAGAGGAACAAAGCUCUGGGGAAUCUCUCAAACUUCCAUGUGCUCUUGGUGCAGUGUUUAGAAUCUUUCAAAACUCUGGCAUUUUCAGAGGAGACCAGUGGAGUUUUAAGUGGCAUUGGUACAAUGCUCUUCUCCAUAUUGUCCACUCUUUUUACAAGCCUUGCCUUACCCACCAUUAUCCAAGAGUCACUGGCUUCCCUCAUAAAACCUCUUGCGCUUCUUUAUGGACAGUGUUCAGAAGGUGAACAGUCUAAGACCCACUCUGUGCUGGGAUCCAAGUUGGAGAAGCUGAUAGGAGAUGUGCUUGGAACCCUGCAAACACGUUCUGCACUGCAGUAUGAUGAUGAGCUGCUGGAAGUUUUAUCUCCAUUGCUUUGUGUACUUUUUCAACACAAAAGCAAACAGAUCCGAUCCGUCAUUACUCAAUUCUGGAAUGGCACUUUUGGAAAUGCGCUUGUGCUCACAUACCCUGAGAAUCUCAGGUCAGUGUUAAAUCAAGCUAAGCAGAAGUCUCCCUUAAUUUUACCUGGAUUUCAAGCAGUUGAAAAUUCUGAAGAUUUAAGCGGACAGUGCUCAAGUGAGUGUUCUCAACUUGACACCAAAAUCAGUGGGAUUAAAGUGACCUCAGUGGGAAAGAGAGACUCCUUAUUAACCAGAGCAUCGGAGCUAAAGGAAAGAAGCUCUGGAACACCCUCCAAGCCUGUAUCUGUAAAACUGGAUUUUGGGUCUCCGAAGCCACCACGCAAAGAAGUUCUUGAGGAGGAAGCAUCAGUAGAUUUUGUCUUCAUUCCUCCUGAGGCAAAGGAGAGGGUGUUGACUGAACAUCAAAAGGAGGUCAAAAGAACUAAAAGGGUUGAUAUCCCUGCAAUGUACAAUAAUUUGGAUGCCUCUAUGGAUACUACAGUCUUUACACAGUACACUCAGAGCCAAGAAGAAUCCACGGACAAAUUGCCAACACAGGAACAAUCUGAGGCCAAAGAAAAUAUGAUUAAAGCGAAGGAUUUGAUGGCAGGGGCAUCAUCUGGAAUUGAUGAACAAAAGAUGCAAGAUAACAUCAGCCCAGACAACACAGCUUUGGAUGCCAGUGGUCUUCAGGAUUUUGCAAUUCAUAAGGAGAGCCAAAGCCCAAAUGGGUCCGGUUCAUCUGACAUGGUUUCUGGAACACCACCAAAGCCCAGCAGUCGACGUCAGUCCUUCAUCACCCUUGAGAAAUAUGUAGAGGGUAGGCCAGGUGGCUCCCCAAAUGUUACAAAAUUUACUGGCCCACUUUGUAGAAUUUCUUGUAGUCAGGAGACUCCAAAGUCACAAACUAACUCAAAACGGUCUUCACCUACUUCUUACUCACAGCCAGAAAUUGGUAAAGAGGAUUCUAACAAAUCUGCUGAUAUUACCCCAGAUUCUGCUAAUCAGUCUGAUGCAAAAAUCACAGAGUUGAAAUCAGUAUCUAAAUGUCCAAGUGAAGUCACAGAGGAUGAAGAUCAUGUCAUCCCAGACACACAGACGCAAGAGCUCAAAGAGGCAGUCGAUAUUGGGAACACGUCUCCAGACAAAACCAGUGUGGAGGUAAAUGCUGAAAUUGCCUCUACUGAUGUAGAAACUGAGGUUUUUACUGCUUCUCAGGAUUCGAGUCAGGUUGAGCCAAGGAGAUCAGGAAGACGAAGAAGUAAACCUGUUCUGCCAGGGGAAGAGUUGGAUCAGGAAUCAAAAACCAAGCAGCAGAAAAAGACUCCUGUUAAGGCAUCAACUUCAAAUGAUGCUCAAAAGUCUACAUCGGCCAAGAAAACUGAGAUUUUUACUACAAGAACCAGGAGAAGUAGAGUCCAUGAAGAGAGUGGUGAAAGUGGUAAAUUGCACACUAGUGAAUAUAAAGAAAAUACGGGUGAUUCACAAAUACACUCUUUGGCUACCACAACGAGUUUAUCACAGGGAAGGGGUAGAGGCAGGAGUAAAGAGGUUAAUCAGACUGAGCCUUCUGCUGAAAAAAUGUCUCCUUCAAGUCAAACAGAUAAGAAUAAUGAUAGUAAUAAUUAUAAGAAUGAGUCUCCUUUUAAGCAAACAGAUAGUCAGUCACAUUGUAGGCCUGUUAGGCGAACCAGAGUAAGUAGUGGUAACGUGGAGGGUUCAGACAGAAGGCAAAGUGUCGAGCUCUCUCAGGGAGACUCUCCUGCUGGCACAAACAAGCAAUCGGAUAGCCCUGCAUCUGAUUCUGAUAGCCUCUCACCUGCCAGACCAAGAAGAGGAAGGUGGUCUGAAGCAGCUGAGGCACAAAACAAAGAUAAGACAGGACUGAAAAGUGAACAAGUGAGUGAUUUAAAUCAUUCCCAAACACCAAUACCAAUAAAAGGCAAAGUAGGUAGGCCCAAAAAAUCUGAAAAACAGACAAGUAACACCAGUAAAGACACUACAUCAGGUUCCGUGAAUUCUGAAGGUUCACAGGCUAAUGAGAUCAGCAAAUCCCAGGACAAUUCUCAAGGGUGGGGCAAAUAUAGAACUCGUCGCUCAUCUCAAGCCCUGUUGGCAUCAUUUGAAAACUCUGAGUCUGAAGGGUCUGAUACCCAAAACGGACAAAGGUCUAAAAGGUCCAGAGUGCGUAAAUCAUCUGAGAUGGUACCAAGCACACUGAUGAAUGCAAAUGCUCCUGAGGAUAUAUUGGGUACGGAAGAUGCAACUGUCCCUUCAGUCCCAAUGGAAAUAUCAAAGAAUGAGCCAAAGGACUGUUUAGGUGUUAGCACACUGAAUGAGGUUCAAAACAUUAUCCAACCUGAUCUCGAAGAUGAGCCCCCUGUAACUGAAGUCCAAGCAAGUGAACAUGGUGAUUCAAUUGAACUUCGUGAUGAGCAACAAAGUGACAUAGACUCUAGGAUGCAAAUAGAUUCUGAAAAGGAGAAGUAUGUUAACACUGUUUGCGAAGAGAAAGCCGUUGCCAAUGAAAACCUCCUGUCCUCACAAAACAGCCUACAGCAAAAUGCUGAAGUUGAGCUAAAAGCAAGGGAAAUGCUUAAGUGUCCUCAUAGUAAAAAAGGUCGUGGGCGCAGACGCUCUACUAAUUGUAACUGCCACCAAGUUAUCAGCACGCCUUCAAAAGAACUGUGUAGUAAUUCUGAAGAUGUACAGAGUAUUAAGGAAAUCAAGGUUCUUCUUGAAUCCAGCAGUCUGCCAUCUGAUGCUGAGGUGAACAGUUUCACAUCUUCACCGGAAAAAGAGAGAAUGGCACUUAACGACAGUUGUCCUGAUGUUGCUAAUGAACAGUCUUCUCCAUCCUUGCCCAGCUUGACGGAAGCAGAGUUACCUGCUGUAAGACCUGUGAAAAAUCCUAAUGAAAAUGAUGUGAAUGAAGGUCUAAUCCAGGGAGAGGAACACCAAAAAGACAAUGUAGAUGAGACAAAGGAGAAGUAUGAGGAACAGGAUAAACCUUCUUCAGAAAACAAGUUUAGCCAAGUGCAUUCACAGGAAGGUCCAGGUGCACCAGAGCCCUCAUCAAACCAUAGCCAACCUAUGGAGGAUAAGCCAGUAUGCCAUGAAGAGUCUAAAUCUCCUGUCAGUCAGGAAGAAAUAGUUCUUAGUGGAGAAAAAACAGUGGAGAUACCAGAAAAAGAGGAACUUGUGCCUGAAUUAGAUGGUGCAGUUACUGCACUUCCUGAGGGUACUGAAUUAGACAGGGCCUCUCAUGAAGAGGGGGAGGAUGAUGAAGAUGAAGCAACACAAAUAGACAAAGAUCUUCAUCUUCAGACUGCUCUACCUUGUGACGCUUUGGAAACUCCUCAAGCUGCCUCGGCUGAACCUUGUCUGGACUCCCCACCCAAACAGAAAUUUCCAGAUUCUCUUUGUAGGAAUGCAGAAGCGAGGCAGAGUCCUAGUAGUAGUGUGACACGGGGUGUAUGGUCACCAACAGCUUCUCCAUCUACAAGCAUUCUAAAGAAAGGACAGAAGAGGCAAUGUGAAGAAGAUUCUCCAUCACCUCUCAUUAAGUCUCGCAGAGUGUCCUUCGCAAACCCGAUAUACCAUCAGGAAUUGGCCGACGAUAUUGACCGGCGUAGCCCCGUUGUACGGACUAGCUCUCCAAAAUCAAAAACUGUUGGACAGCCUAAGUAUAUUACAACACCGACAAAAGGACUGUUAACCCUCAGUCCUCGCAACCUUCGCAGUCCGGGUUACAAGAGUUCAAAGAAAUGCCUGAUCUCAGAAAUGAGUCAAGAGCCCCGACCCAUUCCAAAGGAUUGUGUUUUUCCUGCACUCGUCUGCUGUUCUACUCCUGUGGAGGCUGUUCUGCCCCAGAUUUCUUCUGCGAUGUGGCCUCGAGGCUUUGGUCAGCUUGUGCGUGCUAGGAAUAUUAAAACAGUUGGUGAUCUGGGUGCUCUAUCACCAAGUGAAAUCAAAUUGCUCCCUAUUCGCUCACCUAAGGUGUCAAAUCUCAAAAAAGCACUAAAAACCUAUUAUGAGCAGCAGCGCAAGGGGCGGCCUGAUGACCUGAAAAGCUUUGAUGAAAUGGAGAAAAUGACCUCUGAGCCUGAGGAGAUGACUGUAGCUCUAAAUCAAGAGGAGGACCAAACAGCUGGAGAUGAACAAGAAGUCAUCUCAUCGGAAGUGCCAUUGACCGUAGCGCAGAAACGGGAAGAGUCAAUAUCUGUGGACCUGCUAUCAGAUGUUGCAGCACUGGGAUCUCGUCUAACCCAAGAGGAGCUUGGAUGCUGUUCACCAAGAGAGCUGGGUCAGAUGCAUGAACAGCUCAGUGGCAUGAUGAGAUGUAUUGUGGAUCAUCUUCAGUCACGUUUAAUCAGCAACCUGGAGGACAGUUUGUCAUGAUUGAUCCAGUCUUCUCAUCCUCAGUCGUCUACAUGAAACCUGCCUCAAUUACUUUUAACUUUUAUUUUGUAAUUUUUUUUUUUAAUCAUGCUUAUAUGCAGUGGACUGCUGUUUUUAGUGAUCGUUUUAGCUGUGGAUCUUCUAACAUUUUCUGGACUGAUGGAAUCUUUCUCCAAUGGGACAUAAAUAGCUUGUACCAUACUCGUAUCCUCUGAGCAUUGAACAAAUUGAAAGGACUUGCUUCUUUUAUUGCCUUUUAUCGGCGCUUCUUGUGUGCUGAUCAGAAUGCAGAUGGCACUUUUAGUAUUUCAAUACUUUAUUUUUUUUCCAUUUGUUUAAAUAAAGGAACAAAGGUGUAA